AUGCGCGGCGAAGCCCAUCCUGAACUCGAGCGUGCGAUGGCGCGCUGGAUCGCCAAUGCUGGCCCGGCCGGUGUGCCGCUGACCCUUGCGACAAUUCGCGAGCAUGUUGCGAACAUGGCGCGCCGCAUGUCUCUGCCGCCGACUUUCCGGUGCUCCAUCGGAUGGGUCCGCCGUGCCUUGCGCCGCCAGGGUGUCAGGUGCAUCGCGGCGUGUGGCGAGGCGGCCGACCAGGAUCUCGCCGCCGUCCGUACGACUCAGGAGAAGCUCCCGCAGCUCCUCAUGCACCUCUCCGUGAGGCCGCGCGACACCUACAACUUCGAUGAAACUGCCCUCUACAUUUCGGUGCUUCCUCGCAAGACUUAUGGCGCCGGCCGAGUGGCGGGAAGGAAGGAGGUGAAAGACCGCCUCACCGUCGGCUUUCUCGUCAACGCUGACGGCUCUCACUCCUUCCGCCCCUUGGUGAUCUCCAGGGCGAAGCGCCCCCACGACUUCCGCCCUGACUUCGAUCCGGAGGAGUUUUGCUACUGGCGCAACACCGCCAAAGGCUGGAUGACCUCACCGGGGCUCAUCGCGAUGGCGAAGGCGCGGUACCGGCAGCAUUGGCUCCGCGCCUUCACCGCCCGCUGGAAUGCCGAUGGCGCGACCUCGCGUGUGGCUCGUUUCAAGCCCAACCUCCGCGACGUCGUGGCCUGGCUCAACGACGCGUGGAUGAACAUCGCAUUGCGCACCAUCCAGCGUUGUUGGUGGCGCACAGGCUGCCUCCCGCGUGCGUGGGCCAUGGACCUUCCUCACGUGGGAGAGGACGCAGUCGGUGCGGGCCGAGAUGUGGACAUCGGCCUUGACGAGGAUAUCGGGGAUGUUGGCAUCCUCAUCGAUCGCCUCGGCCUCGGCACAAGCGCAAUGCCGGCUGCGGCAUUGGUUGCCAUCGACGACAACCAGCCGACAUGCGCAGAGCCGGGCGAGGAUCCGCUCGCGACCGAGCCGCCAACCGAGCGUGCGGCGAAGAUGUGGGAAGCCCCCGCCACCAUGCAAGCCGUCUACGACGACGGCAACCCCGAGUCCCGCGAGGCACGGCGCUACGCUCGAGCGGCCUCCGAGAUGCUCAUCGGCUACGCGAAUGCAACCGGCAUCACCCCACGGGACUUGUGCGCGCUCUUCGACAUCCGCAACCCCAUCAUCAGGGCGCGUAUGGAGCGCGCCAGCCCGCCGAUUAAUCUCAACAUGACCCCGCCGCCUGGUAUGCCCGAGGGCGCCACGCCUCCGGCCGAGACCCCUCGUCGCCGUUGCCGCGUCCUGCCGGCAUGGAUGACGGAGCCCACCCCAUCGUGGGUGACUCUGGCUCAGCAGGCGGCGCGCCGCCAGGAGCUGAUUGACGCUGGUGCGCCGGCAGUCAUGGGCGGCUACAUGACAGCCGCCGAAUGGAUGCGCCUGUGA